AUGAAGUUCAUCAUUGCAGAGAUGAGCACUUUCACUGUUCAAUCCGGUCUUUCGGCGGCCAAUGUCCUCACUCCAGAGCGACAAAUUCUAGUGGUUGGUAAGCAGAAGCAGUUGAAGAGUUUAGACUUUGAGAAGGAUCUGAAGGCGAAAUUCGGUGAUUCCGUAUCAGCCCAACUCUGGCAACAAGCACUCAAUGCGCUCUCCGUAAAAUCGCCUUCGUCAGUACCAUUGUAUCUGAAUCUAGCCAAGUUGAUCGCUGUGCCCGAUGAAGUUAGUCGUCAUAACGCACCGUCAAAUUCGGUUGCUAUUUUCAAAGAAGUGAAGUCCGUCGGUCGUCCGGAUGGCGUAAAGAAUAUCUCUGUGGUAUUGUACGCUGAUGUAGCUGACGUUUUCGCGAGUGUUGCUUCGAUCUCACGUUGUUUCUCGCUUUAUGAUCGACGAACGAAACUGGGCACUCCUUUGGAAAGUGUCAAUGUCGAAAUCAUGGUUCCACCGGAUCAGAAAUUGUCUGAUGAGGACGUGAAAUUUCUUCAAGCACUCAGUGAAUCGAUUCGAUUCGCUGCACGUCUUAUCGACACUCCUUGCAAUGAGCUACAUACAGAAGCGUUCACGCAUGAAGCGCAGUCGUUUGUUGGCAAACUCAAUGGUGUCACGUCGACGAUCAUUAAGGGCAACGAGCUUUUGAAACAAGGUUUCGGUGGUAUCUAUCAUGUUGGUAAAGCGGCCGCACAUCCGCCUGUGUUCGCUUGUUUUAGCCAUAAACCAUCAGGUGCCACGAAAAACUACGCGCUAGUCGGAAAGGGUAUUGUAUACGAUACCGGUGGAAUGUCAAUCAAAACCAAAAACACCAUGCCAAGUAUGAAAGAAGAUAUGGGAGGUGCCGCAGGUCUUCUAUCAGCCUUCUACACUUUGGUGAAAUCGGGAUUCAGUCAGAAUCUUCACUGUAUUUUGUGCAUCGCUGAGAAUUCUGUUUCACCUGAAGCAAAUCGACCAGAUGAUGUGAUAACAAUGUUGAGUGGUAAAAGUGUGGAAAUUAAUAACACAGAUGCAGAGGGUCGUUUAGUGCUUGCAGAUGGUGUUUAUUAUGCGAAAAAUGUCUUGAAGGGUCCGUUGAGCGCAAUAGCUGGUCUCUUCAUCGCUUCACAUAUUGAUUUUGCCAGCGAUAUCGACUGGUUACACAUCGAUAUGGCAAGUCCGGUGAGCGACUCGGAUCGUGCCACAGGCUACGGGCCGGCACUUAUUUGUGCGUUGCUANAGUCCGGUGAGCGACUCGGAUCGUGCCACAGGCUACGGGCCGGCACUUAUUUGUGCGUUGCUAGCUGA